GAGCUACGUCACUGGGCCCGAGUCGAGGCGCGGUGGUGGUUGGUGGUGUGGCAGUGUGUGUGCGCAAGUGGAUGUGUGAGUGUACGAGCCCCUACCCGUUCCACUCGUAGCCAGCCACCCAAGACUCGUGUGAUAUUUGCCUCUUUCGCAUCCCAUGAGUAGGACCUUAGUUUAGAAUGUUGAUCAAGGAAUUCCGUGUCACACUCCCACUUACUGUGGAGGAGUACCAAGUUGCCCAGCUUUAUUCUGUGGCCGAAGCUAGCAAAAAUGAGACCGGAGGUGGAGAAGGUAUCGAAGUCUUGAAGAAUGAACCUUUUGACAACUACCCUCUCCUCGGAGGGAAGUACUCGAAGGGGCAGUACACCUAUAAGAUAUACCACUUAGCAAGCAAAGUACCUGCCUUCAUCAGAAUUCUAGCUCCAAAGGGCUCCCUAGAAAUCCAUGAAGAAGCCUGGAAUGCAUACCCAUACUGUAAAACUGUAAUCACGAAUCCUCACUAUAUGAAGGAUAAGUUCAUGCUGGUAGUGGAGACACUACAUGUGGCUGAUUCAGGCAAAUCACAUAAUGUUCAUGAACUGGGCCCUGAAAAGCUGAAGGGGAGGGAAGUUGUGCAUAUAGAUAUUGCCAAUGAUCCCAUUGCUCCAGCUGACUACAAGCGUUCUGAAGACCCCCAACUUUUCAAAUCUGAGAAAACUGGCCGAGGUCCUCUUACUGGCCAGUGGACUGAUCAGGUUAAUCCAGUCAUGACUUGCUACAAGUUAGUGACAGUGGAGUUCAAGUGGUUUGGCCUUCAGAAUCGGAUAGAAAACUUUAUUCAGAAAGCGGAGCGAAGACUUUUUACCACAUUUCAUAGGCAAUUGUUCUGCUGGAUGGAUGGCUGGCAUGGUCUGACAAUGGCUGAUAUUCGAGCAAUUGAAGAGAAAACCAAGGAAGAAUUAGACAAGCAACGCAAUGUUGGUCAAGUGCGAGGAAUGAAAGCAGAUUCAGACUAAGGAAGAACGCUACAUCAAGAAACAGCAGCCUGCAAAAUCAUCUGUUACCCGUUUGUUGGGCCCUAUGGUGUUCUGUGAUUGAUGAUUUUAAUGACAGUAGUGCAUAAUUGAGAACUUUUUAUGGAGUUAUAUAGAAGACUUACCACAGUGAGAUGUUGCCUUAGUCAUCAUUGGUAUCUUAGUUUCAAUUGAAGUGAAAUAUUUGCUGGGCGCUUAACUUUUGUAAUGGUACAUGGCUAUGGUGUUAUCACAGAAUUUGUCCUGUACCCGAGAGGUAUACCCCUUGCGGUCCAUCCUUUCAUUUAAACAAAUACUGCUUUCUCUUCUAUUGAUGUCUCCUUAUAAUGACAUCUUCUGUAAUGCUAUUGAGUUCAAGUAAUUUUUGCACAGCUUCUGGUUGAAUAUACCCAAGCUGAAGCAAGCCUGAUGUAUGCAGGCAGUGUAAAACACACUUUUCAUUUGAUUUUUUUUUAAUUUUGAAUGUUUAAAAAAAAUCUUUUUGCUUAAAAGAAUUUUAAUUGAAAGUUUUUCCUUUGUGGGAAACUGCAAUAUUUAAAUUACUUCAAUACUUAAUGUUGUGGUGUAUGAGCCAUUUGAAUGAAUUUUACUAAUACUUUCCAUUUUUUGUCAUGAUAGCAUUAAUAAUAAUAAUAAUGAAAAAUAUUUGUCUGUUGAAUUAUUUUUCCUCAGCUUUUAGAAAUAUAAAGAAUGAGAGUGAGUGUGAAUGAUGUAGCAUGUGUGAAGGCCUAUCAGUGUACAAAUAGUGUGUUGGGGGAGGGUUUUGCAGGGUCAACUUAUUUCCAAUUUAAAAAAAUUUGUGAAGCUCAAAUAUUAUGCCUCUGCUUCGUUUAAGUUGCAGUUUCAGCAUAUGCAAAUAUCGCAUUGUGCUCAGUUUACUAUGUAAGCUUAAACAAUGUUCACUCAGGGGUGCAAACUUGUGUUAUGGUGCAGCUAAAUAGUGUUGGCUAAAUGAUGAAAUUACUGAAGAAAUUGUUUUGAGGAAUGAAAGAACAUCAAUGCCAAAGAUGAUAUAGUUACUCCUUUUUUGAUGUUAAAUAGCCCCCUGUAGAUGUCUGCUGCUAAGUCAUUGAAUUCAUUCUGUGAAAUGAAAAGCAAGAAAUUAAAAAAAAUAUCCAUAAUUUUGUAGGUCUUGUGGACUGUUGUCUGAUCUGGAUCAAGGCUUUCUUUGAACUGAAUGGACUUGUGAAUCUUGUCUUUUCAUUUUUAUUGUUUUGUUGCAGGCAACAAUGUUAAUUAAGCCUUUCUGCAAGAUGGCAUUAAAUGAAAUGAUGCUUAAGUGUCUUUUUUUUCCUUUUUAUGAUUCUUGCCACUGCUCAUUAUUGGUUUUCCCUAUCCCCUCCCCCAAACAACUGGUGUCAGUUUCAACUUGACCAGUGUUUUGCUGGCCUGAUGUCUCUUCAGUUGCCUUUGACCACUAUCUUGUUGCAGGAUGCAGUCAACUUGCCUCUAAACAUUACAUGCUACUUUUGUUCAAUAGUUACCAGAUCUCAGAAUUUACUUAAGAGCAGUGUUUUUUUUUUUUGUUUUUUUUUGUUUUCCUCAUUUUUUUAAAGAGUUUCUAAAUUUUUUGGCUCUGUUUAGAAGGAAGAAGGGUCACUCUUCCUACAUCCCAGAGUAUCUUGUCAAUUGUUUCCUAACAAUGUUAUAUGCAUGUAAAAACAUUUCUGUGUAGUCAGUUGAGAUGUCUAGGUAAAUUUUCAUUUUGUAUGAAAUGUAGUUACAUCACCAUAAUAGAAGAGCUUUGGAUAAGUGUCUAGUAAUGAAUUAUUUAUGGCCAAGCUAUUGAAUUUCAUUAUGCAAUAAAUUAUUAUUAAUACAUAA